UCUGUACAGGUGCACCGGGACGGAGCCCGGGUCCGUCCCACUGCGCCUGCGUCCCGCUGACAGACACACAGAGCAGCUAUUGUUAGCCGCGGACCGGAGCAGCCGCAGCAGGUUGUGUCAGAGUUUAUCCCCGCACUCACCGCAGCCUACCUGUUGAAUAUUCACUACAUUUAUGUCGCAGGCGAGGACCGAGCCUCUGUCGAAGAAAACAUCUGAGCUGUGGUUCAGGUGAUGAGAAGGAAAAGUGUCUCGCGGACGGAAGGAAGACUCUGAGGAACGCUCGGGCGAAAGGAGGAAGUAACACGAGCGUUGGGUUCUAGAACUCAACAGGUUGGCGACUUCAAUGUUCUAACCGCGGCUCGGACUUUUGUAAACUCCCAACCAAACGUCGAGGAAACAACAGCGAACUUACAGCCAAGAUGCCGCUGGGACCGUGGAGGAAGAAAAACAAAUCGACGAAGGAGCAUUUGGUGGAGAAUGAGGAGGGCGGCGGAGGAGGACACGCAGGUGCCACCGGGAGCUUGGCUAAAUCCGCCGUGAACGGAGCGGGACUGCCGCCUCCACCUGCCAACCUGAGGCCCAAAUUGGUCUUCCACACGCAGCUGGCGCACGGAAGCCCCACCGGGAGGAUCGAGGGAUUCUCCAACGUGAAGGAGCUGUACGCCAAAAUAGCAGAGGCGUUUAACAUAAGCCCACCUGAGAUCCUGUUCUGCACCCUCAACACUCACAAGAUCGACAUGGAGAAGCUGCUGGGAGGCCAGAUCGGCCUGGAGGAUUUUAUCUUCGCCCACAUUAAAGGGAUCAAGAAGGAGGUGGAGGUUCGUAAAUCUGAAGACGCCCUGGGCCUCACCAUCACCGACAAUGGAGCAGGAUACGCUUUCAUCAAGCGUAUCAAAGAGGGCAGUGUCGUGGACGGGGUGAAGGUGAUCUCUGUGGGAGACCACGUACAGUGCAUUAACGGACAUAACAUCGUGGGGACACGGCAUUAUGAGGUCGCCCGCAUGCUUAAGGAGCUCCCAAAAGACAAGACCUUCACCCUCAAACUGGUGGAGCCGAUGAAGGCCUUUGAAAUGCUUGAGCCCAGAUCAAAGGGCUCCAAACCUGCCAGUGACAACAAGAUCGGUACAGGGAGGGGGACUCUGAGGCUUCGCUCAAAGGGCCCAGCUACUGUAGAGGACGAGCCAACAGAAUUUGAGGAGAAGGCAGUGAAGAAAGUGGACGACCUCCUGGAGAGCUACAUGGGCAUCAGAGACACUGAACUCGCCGCCACGAUGGUCGAGGUCGGCCGCGACAAGAAGAACCCGGAUGAGUUCGCCAUGGCGUUAGACGAGACCCUCGGAGACUUCGCCUUUCCUGACGAGUUUGUCUUUGACGUCUGGGGGGCCAUCGGAGACGCCAAGCAGGGAAGAUUUUAAGUUUGCUCUCCCCAAACACACACACGCACACAUACGCACACACACUCUCCCUCCUUCCCCAACUCUCCUCUUGAUAUCCUGAGAAGCAAACUGGACAAACUUCAACCAGCACAGACGGGGGUGGGUGAAGUGUUCUUAUCAUCACUUUGCUUUUAGGUGUAGCUUUGCACUUAAAGCAUCGACCUCAGUCAAGUGGUUGGUGUCAUCAUGUAAACAUAUCCAUGAAAUGCAAUGUUUCUAACACUGGACCUUCCUCCUGCACGAUGACGAGUUGGUGAUUAAUUCUUAGUCAGCAGUGGUCUAUUACACUGGUUGUAAAAUGGUAUGUGUACACCUUUUACAUUUGAAAACAAUCACUCGGUUUUAAUUACACUUCUAUAGCUGUGUAAUUUUGAAUAUACAGAUAUUUCACACAGCUUUUUAUAGACUUUUUUUUUUUAUAUAUGAAAAUGUUGCUGAUUUUAUAGCAGCGGCAUUGUGUAAUUAGUGUAAUUAUAGUGAGCAAUAUCGUUUUUCUUCAAACUACCUUUUUAUUUUUUAAUUUCCCUCCCAACCUUUUUAAAUCUUUUAAAUGACCUCACAGUGAGGAAAUGUCGGCACUUCUGCCACGUUCACUUUGCGAUUUUUAACUCUUCUCUGUGCCCUUACACACCUCCGCUUGAGCCCUUCGUCCAUCCGUCAAGAGACUGAGCAGCACAGAGAACAGCGGGUUUUAUCUUGAAACGCCUUUAGCCAAGUUUGACGACACAACAUUCCUCCUGUUGUUUUAGUCUGUUAGCACAGUUACCAUGUCAUGAAAUUAGGCUUAUUUAGAGAUUCGUGCUUAUUUUUUUCCUGUAAUUUAUUUUAUCAUGAAAAAAUCAUAUGCUGCAAGAUGUUUUUACACCAAGACAUGGCUCUGUAUGAGAGACAGUUCUUUCCUAAAUAAGCCAUUAUGUAGGCUGUGUCUGGAUUGGGAUCAGUUGUAAUCCAAUGUCUUAAAUAAAUGCACUCGCAUUAAUGUAACUGCACUAUUUAAAUCACUGUCAAACUGAAUUUAGAUAGUGAAUUGAUUAGUGUCAUCUACUGGUGUUAACUGUUCGCAGCAGUUGCAUAUUGUUUGACAAACCAUAAGGGAUCACUGUUGUUGGAUGGAUAAUAAAAUUUGAUAUACUGUUAUAACAUCUGUGUCAUGAAUGCAUCUGGCUCACAAACGACUCAGUACAACAAACUUUUAUUUGCACACUUGGCUGUGUACAUGUAUAAAAUACAUCUAAACACAUAACCAAUGUUUCCAUCCCUCAUUCAGAGUUUAACAAGGCCGGUAACAAAACAAAACUGCGUGAUGUCACUUUACGAGCAGCAAAACAUACCCAGAACAGGGGGGAAAACAAAUGAUGUAGAUAUAGCUAAAUAAGAAUACAUAAAUUGGCAGGUUUAAACAAAUAAUUAUUUCAAAGACUAUGGAUAAUAGAAAUCAGAAGUACAGAGCCCAUGUUGUAGCGCAUGGGAAAUAUCAGCACAGAUAUAAUUUACUUACUGCAGAGGAUCUUUGGAAGCACAUCACAGUAGGCGUUACACUAUUGAUCUUGACCUCAACGGAAUACCUUAUUAUUGAUAUUGGGUGGAAACAUAACGCUACUGGUUAAACUGAAUCUAAAGUUUUGACUCCAAGAUGUCUGUGAAACCUCUCAAAACCAAAAAGACCCAAAUAUAACGAUUGUCUAGUGACAAACAAGGCAAUUUACUUAAACUUGGCAUUUUUCCAGAUGGGAAGUUUCCGUCCAACAACGGUGUAUGAAAAUGAGAGUUAAUGAGUUAACUUGGCUAGCUUGAGUUGGUUAUAUCCUCUACAGGCAGUAAAUACAGUACGUGGCAUUUAAUAAACAGCAGAUUACAAAUAUACAUGUUUUAAAACAAAGACGAUGACAGGAAAACGAGUAGUUGUGUUGGAAGAAAAUGUACGAGACA